CGCCCGGGAUGCUCCGUGGCCAGCUGGGCGGCAUGGCUCUGCCACGGGCCCCCGCCGCCUGCCCGAUGUCAAGGUGGCGGCUGUUAUUGUUGUGGAGUUUGGUCCUGGCUUGGCCUGGUGAAGGAUCUCAGCGGAGCGAGCCCAUGUUCACAGCCAUCACGGAUCAGAUCCUCCCGCCUGACUAUGACAGCAAUCCGACACAGCUCAAUUAUGGUGUGGCUGUGACUGAUGUGGACCAGGAUGGAGACUUUGAGAUCGUCGUGGCUGGGUACAAUGGUCCCAACCUGGUGCUGAAGUAUGACAAGAUACGGGGCCGGCUGGUGAACCUUGCGGUGGAUGAACGUAGCUCCCCAUAUUAUGCAUUGCGGGAUCGCCAAGGCAAUGCGAUUGGUGUGACAGCAUGCGACAUUGAUGGGGACGGGCGGGAGGAGAUCUACUUCCUCAACACCAAUAACGCCUUCUCCGGUGUAGCUACCUAUACAGACAAACUGUUCAAGUUUCGGAAUGGGCGCUGGGAGGACAUCUUGAGUGAUGAGGUGAACCGGGGUGUGGCAAGCUGGUUUGCUGGGCGCUCAGUGGCGUGCGUGGACAGGACGGGCUCUGGCCGCUACUCCAUCUACAUAGCUAACUAUGCCAGUAUGAGAGUCGGGCCCCAUGCCCUCAUCGAGAUGGACACAGCUGCCAGCGACCUGGAGAAUGGCAUUGUGGCACUGAAUGAUGUGGCGGCAGACGCCGGAGUCAACAAAUUCACAGGGGGUCGGGGCUUGGCUGUGGGGCCCAUCCUGAGUGAAGCAGCCUCCGACAUAUUUUGCGACAACGAGAACGGAGCCAACUUCCUCUUCAAGAACCAGGGUGACGGUACCUUCAUAGACGUAGCACCCUCUGCUGGCCUGGAUGACCCCUACCAGCACGGUCGUGGUGUGGCGCUGGCCGACUUCAACCGUGACGGCAAAGUGGACCUGAUCUACGGUAACUGGAACGGACCUCACCGGCUCUACCUGCAGAUGAGUGCAGGUGGGCGCUUCCGAGACAUUGCCACGCCCAAACUGUCCAUGCCAUCACCCGUCCGCACCGUCAUCGCUGCUGACUUUGACAAUGACCAGGAGUUGGAGGUCUUCUUCAACAACAUCGCCUAUCGCGGCUCAUCCGCCAACCGCCUCUUCCGGGUGGUCCGCCGAGAGCAUGCUGACCCAGCCAUUGAGGAACUGAACCCUGGUGAUGCCGUGGAACCCGAGGGGCGUGGCACAGGGGGGGCAGUGGUGGAUUUUGAUGGCGAUGGGAGGCUGGACCUGAUCCUGUCACAUGGAGAGUCCAUGGCACAGCCGCUCUCAGUCUUCAAGGUCAACGAGGGCGCUGGCAACAACUGGCUGCGAGUGAUCCCACGUACGCGCUUUGGGGCAUUUGCUCGUGGUGCCAAGGUGGUGCUCUUCACACGUCAGAGUGGUGCCCAUCUGCGUAUCAUUGACGGAGGGUCUGGGUACUUGUGCGAGAUGGAGCCCGUUGCCCAUUUUGGCUUGGGACAGGAUGAGCCUAGCAGCCUGGAGGUGACUUGGCCAGAUGGCCGGGUGAUCAGCCGGUCGAUAGCAAGCAGCGAGAUCAAUUCCGUGCUGGAGAUCCCCUACCCCCGGGACACUCCGGGAUCACCCCUUACCAUUCUGCCUCUGGAGUGUGGCCAAGGCUUCUCUCAGCAUGAGAACGGGCGAUGUGUUGAUAUGGAUGAGUGUGCAGAAUUCCCCUUUGUCUGCCCCAGGGGCAGGCCCAUCUGCAUCAACACAUAUGGCGGGUACCGUUGCCGCAGCAACAAGCGCUGCAAUCGCGGCUUUGAGCCCAACGAGGAUGGCACAGCUUGUGUUGCUCAAGUGGCCUUUUUUGGUGGAUACCCUUCCUCGGGGAGCUGGCUGAGCCCCAUCUUGCCCUCUGCCCCUCUUCUUCCACUUUGCCUCGGACUCUGCUUUCACUCCUAUGCACUUUAAGCCUUGCCAAUAAAGGACAAAAAAGCAGCCUUUAUAGAUGGAAGUGGCUUCCCCUGUACUCCUCCCCUCCAAUCUCUCUCAUCCAGUCUUCUCAUGGUGGUCCCUGGGAACAUGGACUGAGGUGGGGGCAGCCAUCUUUGCAAAGGGCACUACGCAGCCCGGCGGACGACACUCUCUCACUAGUGUCACACCCCUUGCAUGUUUUCUGAGAAAACAAGACAGGGCAGAGGCCCCACCAAUGCUUUGUCUCCUCAGAGUGGCUGCCAUCUUCCUAGGAGCUUGCCUUUAACCAAGAUGGCGGCUCCCGCUGGUAGUUGCUUGCUUGGUUAAAACUGAUAACAGUUACCCUGUGCCUGCUGGUUUGGCCUGUGACAUGAUUGCUUCCCUUCCCUCCUCCUCCUCCUCCUCCUGCUCCCCCAGCCCGACUGGACCGGGAUUCACCUUGACCUUGUCUUACCAGUGUGUGUCUGAAGUUUGAAAUCACCCAGUCUCUCAGCUCACUCCACCCAAUAAACUCUACACUGUCUAUAA